GUUGGAAUUAACCUGUUUUCCUUCAAUCUUUAAAAUCCCAUUUUACAGAAGUUGGUAUUGCAGCAACAAGUAAUCGUUUUAGUUUUGUGUUCUUUGCUGUCUGCUUGUCCUGACGCACCGAUUCACUGCAUUUUCCAGCAGAGAUCACAGGCUGGGAGGAUGACAGCUCGAAUGUAUUUCUCGUUGAUUGCUGUUUUUUUCUGUCUGUUUGGAUACUUCAGCAUAGCUCGCGCUAUUCAAAGACGAACCACAGUGAAGCCAGGUCAAUGUCCCAUACCGGAGAUGAUCCCACUCUGUGCUGAUAGCUGUUUCAAUGAUGGCCAGUGUCCUGCCACACAGAAAUGUUGCCCAACCACCGGUGGCUUUGCAUGCAGUGAACCGCGUGGCCAGGGAAGAGGUCAGGCAACUUGCCAUGGAAACGGUUCUGGCCAGGGAAGCGGCUAUGGCCAGGGCGCGGGUCAGGGAAGCGGCUAUGGCCAGGGCGCGGGUCAGGGAAGCGGCUAUGGCCAGGGCGCGGGUCAGGGAAGCGGCUAUGGCCAGGGCGCGGGACAGGGCGCGGGACAGGGAAGCGGCUAUGGCCAGGGUGCGGGACAGGGCGCAGGACAGGGAAGCGGCUAUGGCCAGGGACAGGGAAGCGGCGCUGGAGCAGGACAGGGAAGCGGCGCUGGAGCAGGACAGGGAAGCGGCGCUGGAGCAGGACAGGGAAGCGGCGCUGGUGCAGGACAGGGAAGAGGCUAUGGCCAGGGCGCUGGAGCAGGACAGGGAAGCGGCGCUGGAGCAGGACAGGGAAGCGGCGCUGGAGCAGGACAGGGAAGCGGCUAUGGCCAGGGCGCUGGAGCAGGACAGGGAAGCGGCGCUGGAGCAGGACAGGGAAGCGGCUAUGGCCAGGGCGCUGGAGCAGGACAGGGAAGCGGCGCUGGAGCAGGACAGGGAAGCGGCGCUGGAGCAGGACAGGGAAGCGGCGCUGGAGCAGGACAGGGAAGCGGCGCUGGAGCAGGACAGGGAAGCGGCGCUGGAGCAGGA